AUGGUUUACCAAACUGAUUUAGUUAUCAUUGGUGUUUCUGCUGGUUUGGCCCUUGGAAUUCUGAUAUCAUGCCUCAUAUUUUUUGGCAUAAGGUGGUACAAGAAACGUGCUGCUCAUCUUAGACUAUCUGCAAAUGAUUCUAGUGGAACAACUCUUCCAAUACGAACAAAUGGGUUGGGAACAAGUACGGACUUUAGUGCAUCACUAAAUAGUUCCAUAGCCACAUCAAGGUCAGACAAUCUUAAGAAAAAUUCCCAUUUCAAUUGGUGGAGUCAUAAAAACAAAGACCGGUUUGCGUCAGCAUCAGGCAUUCCAAAGUAUUCAUACAGAGAAAUUCAAAAGGCCACACAGAAUUUCACGACAACCUUGGGACAAGGAUCAUUUGGGACAGUUUAUAAAGCGACAAUGCCUACAGGGGAGGUUGUAGCAGUGAAGGUGCUUGCACCCAAUUCCAAACAAGGGGAGAAAGAAUUCCAAACAGAGGUAUUUCUGCUAGGAAGACUGCAUCACCGGAAUCUUGUGAAUUUGGUUGGAUAUUGUGUAGAUAAAGGGCAACGCAUACUGGUUUAUCAGUACAUGAGUAAAGGAAGUUUAGCAAAUCUUUUAUAUGGUGAAGAAAAGGGAUUGAGUUGGGAUGAAAGGCUGCAAAUUGCUCUUGAUAUUUCACAUGGAAUAGAAUACCUUCACGAAGGAGCAAUCCCACCUGUUAUACACCGUGAUUUAAAGUCUGCCAACAUAUUGCUAGAUCACUUAAUGAGAGCUAAGGUUGCCGAUUUUGGACUCUCAAAAGAGGAGAUCUUUGAUGGCCGGAAUUCUGGUCUCAAAGGUACAUAUGGCUACAUGGAUCCCGCAUACAUUUCCACAAGCAAGUUAACAAUGAAGAGUGACAUAUACAGUUAUGGUAUCAUAGUGUUUGAGCUCAUCACUGCUAUCCACCCUCAUCAAAAUUUGAUGGAGUAUGUUAACCUUGCUGCAAUGGAUCAUGAUGGUGUAGAUGAGAUACUUGACAAGCAACUAGUGGGAAAAUGCAAUCUUGAAGAAGUGAGGCAACUUGCUAAGAUCGGACAUAAAUGCUUGCACAAAUCACCUAAGAAACGCCCCUCCAUAGGUGAGGUUUCUCAGCUCAUAUCAAGAAUAAAGCAAAGGCGACAGCGCUGUCUGACAGAAGAUAACUUGUCAUUUGCAAGCACCAACUUUUCUCGAGCUGUGAGUCGAUUAGAAGAUCGACAGGUUGAACUUGGCAGGAUGUCAACCAUUAGCCUCACAGAAACUGUAUGA